GAAAAUGGUCUUCAUUAUAUAUUGAUUAGAGUUUCUUGGAUAUCAUAUUUUCAGUCCCCACCAGGAAAAGUAACAGCUGCAGUGAUGGCUGCUAUUGAUGCUGGGUACCGCCACUUUGAUUGUGCCUACGUGUACCAGAAUGAGAAUGAAGUUGGGGAAGGGAUCCAGCAAAAAAUCAAGGAAGGUGUUGUGAAACGAGAAGACCUCUUUGUUGUCAGUAAGCUGUGGUGCACGUUUCAUGACAAGCCUCUGGUGAAGGAAGGCUGCCGGAAGACUCUUGCAGCCCUGCGGCUGGAUUAUCUGGAUCUCUACCUCAUCCACUGGCCUCUUGGUUUUAAGGCAGGAGAGGAGCUGUUUCCCACAGAUGACAAAGGCAUGUCUAUACCCAGCAACACAGAUAUUUUACAGACGUGGGAGGCCAUGGAAGAGCUGGUGGAUGCUGGUCUGGUAAAAGCCAUUGGAAUCUCCAACUUUAACCGUGAGCAGAUUGAAAGAAUCUUGAACAAGCCAGGACUGAAAUACAAGCCUGCAAAUAACCAGGUUGAAUGCCAUCCGUACCUCACCCAGGAGAAGCUGAUCAAGUACUGUCAAUCCAAAGGGAUUACUGUGACAGCAUACAGUCCUCUCGGCUCACCUGACAGACCAUGGGCUAAGCCAGAGGACCCUUCCCUUCUGGAUGACCCUAAGAUUAAAGAGAUUGCAGCCAAGCACAAUAAAACCUCAGCACAGGUUCUCAUUCGGUUCCACAUCCAGAGAAAUGUGAUUGUGAUUCCCAAGUCUGUCACACCACAGCGCAUUGUGGAGAACUUCAAGGUGUUUGACUUUGAAUUGACUAAAGAGGAGAUGGCAACUAUUCUCGCCUUUAAUAGAGACUGGAGAGCCUGUCCAAUGAGCAUGUGCAAAAAUCACAAGGAGUACCCUUUCAAUGCAGAGUACUGAAGAUGGUUUCCUGCCUUUCUCCAGACUUACCAGAUACGCUUCUGCUGUUGCCUGAGUUGUCUACAUAGCUUUCUCACUGCAUCAGACCCUCCUUUUUCCUUUCUUUUUUUCCCCCCACAAAGAUGCAGUAUAUGUACUCAGUGGCUUUGUGUUGCUUUCUUUUUUGGAAGAAGGAAAUGCUAAAAUAGUUCUGAAGAGCA